AUGGCGUGCUUUCGGAUUCGUUCAAGCGCUGCAGCUGUGGUCGUCGUCACCAUGCUCCUGCUCCAAGCUUGCUUUGAAGUUUCAGCGUCUUCCUCGCUGCAGCAGCAUCCGCAUCAGUCGCGCAAGAUGCUCAGCGUCGAUGCAUCUUCCGUGUCAUCGAGCGGCGCCGGAGGCCCCUCGGCGGAGCCGUUGGAGCUGGAGGAGUGCUCGGAGGACCUCCUGGAGGUGUUCCAGAACAACGCGCCGAGCAUGGCCGGCGGCAUGCCGACGUACAGCGUGGAGUUCACCAACACCUGCAUCGACUGCGCCGUGUGCGACGUCCACGUCGCGUGCGGCGACUUCGCCUCAAAUGACGUCAUCGACCCAGACAAGUUCCGCCGUCUCGGCUUCAACGACUGCCUCGUCAAUGGCGGCAGGUCCAUCGAGCCCAGCUUCCCUGUGUCGUUCCAGUACGGCAACUCCUUUCCCUACCCGAUGACAGUCGCGUCCGCCUCCUGUGACUGUAACUAG